UAUCUCCUCCCGCCGCCACGCGCCGCCGACCCCAUCGCCUGCUCGUCCAGUCCCAAGGGGAGGCGCCGCUUGCCGUCGCCCAGGCCCCGGCCCCGGCGCUCCCCAGCCCCAGCAGGCCUCCGCCGCACCUCACAGACCGUCGCUGCGUCGCGGCAGCGGGCCACAGACCGUGCCGGCGGCGCCUCACAUCUCCGUGAGGCGCGUCCACUCCCAAUCCGGCGCGGACCCGACAGGCCGAGCAGGAUUGAUUGUCCACGGAGCUGCCCAGCGACGCCGCGCCGCACGCCUUGAAGUAGCAGUUGUGCCAAAUUCUACAUUUAUACAUGGUAUUAAUAGGAGGUAUUAGGGGCGGGCUGAUCCUCAGGGAGAAUGGAAGGCAAUAACCUUUGGAUGACAAUCCACUCCCAUGGCGGCAUCAUCAACCACAGCCACGGUCACACCGCUGUUAAUCCACCUGCUACGUGCAGCCACCGACCACGCGUCCGUGGCCGCCACCCAUGCGAAGCUGCUCAAGGUCGGCACAGCCUGCGCCAUCUCUUCUUGCAACCACAUCAUCGCUGCUUACUGUCGAUGCGGCGUCACUGCCUGCGCCCGUGACCUGUUCGAUGGAAUGCCUGAGCGGGACGUCAUCUCCUGGACAGCCCUCAUGUCUGGGUACUCUAGCUCUGGCCGACCCUGCCUGGCUGUUUCCCUCCUCCGUGACAUGUCUCACAGCGGUGUGCCACCGAAUGCCUUCACCUUCUCGACUGCUGCCAGCGCAUGCGCACGCCUUGCUGAUGUCAGACUUGGGCGGAAAGUGCAUGCCCGUGCUGAGGUUGAGGGCUACGCGUCUGAUGCUGUUGUUGCCACUGCACUCGUUGACAUGUAUGGCAAGGCCGGAGAUGUGGAGGGUGCACGUGCAGUGUUUGAUGGUAUGGCUGCUCCGGCGAGGAAUGCAGUUUCAUGGGGCUCGAUGCUGUCUGUAUACGCGCAGAAUGCGCUUGGGCGUGAAGCCAUCCAACUUUUCGCUGAGUUCAGAACCAAAGGUAAUUUCAUGGCUCCCAACCACUUCAUGCUGUCAAGCGUUGUGAAUGCGUGUGCAGGCGUUGGGCGGCUUGGGGUUGGCAAGUCUGUACAUGGAACAGUCCUUCGGUUUGGGCAUGGAUGCAAUGGCGUGAUUGUUGUGGCCUUGGUUGACAUGUACUCCAAGUGUGGAUUCUACGAGUACUCAAGAAAGGUGUUUGACAGGAUUGAGCAUCCAUCGGUCAUCUGCUAUACCUCCAUCAUCGUGGCAGCAGCAAAGUAUGGUCUUGGGAGGUGCGCACUCACUUUUUUUAGUGAGAUGAUCGAUCGACAUGUGCAACCGAACAGUGUUACACUGCUUGGCGUCAUGCAUGCUUGCAGCCAUUCAGGUCUUGUUGACACUGGCCUCCAUCUCUUCCAGUCCAUGCAGAGCAAAUAUGGCAUCCAUCCAUGCGCCAGCCACUACGCUUGUGCGGUUGACAUGCUCGGCCGAGCAGGACGGCUCGAGGAGGCAUUUGAGCUGGCCAACGAAGCGCAGGUUGAAGGCCGUGAUGCCCUCAUGCUGUGGAGCUCAUUGCUGUCCGCUUGCCGGACACAUAGGCGCUUAGAUCUAGCCACCAUGGCUGCCCACAGAGUGUCAGAGUUCAACCAAGAUGUAGCAGGUGCACUGGUAGUGAUGUCAAAUGCAUACACUUCAGCCGGCCAGACUGAAAAUGCUGCUGCUGUAUGGUCGAACAUGAGGCGACGUGGCAUACAGAAAGAUCCUGGGUGCAGCUGGAUUGAGAUAAAGGACAUACCCUACGUGUUCUACGCCGGAUUGGUAUCACCCGCCGGUGCAAGGGCAGGUGAAGUGAUGAUGUUGCUUGAUGAGUUAGAGGGUAAGAUGCGGGAGAAGGGUUACAAGGGUGGACUAGGUAGUACCAGAGUCUUUGAUGCUCAUGAGGAGGAUGGAGAGGACGGGAAAGGCGAGAUGGUUGGAGUGCACAGUGAGGUAUUGGCUUUGGGGUUUGGUUUGCUGGUUAUCCCCAAGGGGAUGACCAUCAGGGUGAUGAAGAACCUGAGGAUGUGCUGUGACUGUCACGACGCGUUCAAGCUCAUAAGUGACAUUAUGGAGCGCGAGUUCGUUGUGAGGGAUCUGAAUAGAUUCCAUCACUUCAAGUUGGGGUCAUGUUCUUGCAAUGACUACUGGUGAUUCAAGGCUGAAAUCAAUGUGAUUGUUAAAUUUAUGAUACAGAAGGGAAACAACAUUUUUCUGAAGAGAAUUUCUCAGUUUUCAAAUAGAUGUCAGCGGCAACAUUUUUCAGAAGGAAAACAACAUUUUUCCACAAGAAAGUCAAAGGGCAAUGUCAAAAUGUUCGAGUGCACAACAAAUCUUGAUAUUCUUCCAAGUCUCCAUAGGCAUGGACUUGUCACAUUUGCACAAUAUGAGUCUGACUUCGUCCAACAAAUCAUUUGAAUUCUUUUUAGAAGAAAUGCAACUCAUCUUACAAAACCCAAAAGGCUAAAGUGGUGGACUGUAAGGAACUGGGAUUGUCUCUUCCUUUUGGCACUUCAUAAUUCAUACCCUGGUACAGUUGCCAACAUGAGUAUCUCAUUGUUCUUUAAGAGUAUUUCAGUUGAGUUACAAAUCUUAUGAUAGGGUUAAGAAGGUGACCACCAGAAUGUCUGAGAAAGUGGCAGCUGGAAUACUGUUAUUUUGAGUUGUGAAGAGUAAUGGAUAUUUUACAAGCUCAUCAGCUAAUCAAAAGGCUGGCGAGAGGUUUCAGCCUAUUACCUGGAGAGAUUGUUGUUGUUUCUCUUGACAGGUUUGGUAUGUGAUCCCCUUUUUAUGCCAUACUUAAGGCCUAAACUAAAAAUAGUUAUUACUGUUGCUUCUCAUCAUAGAAGGCUGUCAUGAUAGUCGAGCUAUCAGCUACUGCAGUCAUAUGCAUAAACACAGACAAAUUUAGAUGAAACCAAGAUUAUUCACGUACUAGUGCUAUAUAAACCAAUAUGUUCUCUUGCAGCCUAGCCUUUCCAUAUUGUUUUGGUGGUGGUUCAUGAAAAAUGUUGGGUGCAUUGCUGAAGUUCAACAACAUGAUUUUGUGGUAUGUGGAAGCCUAACUCUGUCAGCUGACUCCUUUCUUGCAUAGGUUCUUCCGUUCUUUGGCCAUCACUCCAUUUCAUUGCGGCCUAUGUUGAACACGAUGUUGGUGCCACUUGUACAUUGUACUAUGUAUGCGCCGAAGAGCUUACACUGGUGGUCACAUCGAAUGAAUGGAUGGAUGCAUUGCAUGCAGUACUGCUAGCAAUGUGCUACAACUUGUGGCGAUGGAGCCAGCCACCAUGUAGAAGCUUCCAAGGCAGACACGUGCCGGAAUUAACAAAGGUCAACUAGCUACGAUGGAUGUACACAUGGGCUCCUUUUUGUGUAGUGCAACACAGAACUGCAGAUAGGUCAUUAGUUGCUUAACAAAGAGUUAGGUGGAUCAUGGAUGAGGCCCUUCACGUACGGUACAGUGGUGAAGAGUCCAUGAUAAUGUGAUCGCAGUAUAGUACUACACUGCUAUAUGGUUAUCUAACAUACCAGUCGGUGCCUGCUGCUUUAACAUAAUGUAGUUAAAUUUAAUUAAUCUCCUCCUUUUUGUGUCCA